UUAAAAGAUAUUACUGAUGAAGGUUAACUAGAAAAUAAGGAAAUAAUUUAAUAAAUUUUUGGAAUUUCUGCAUCUAACGUUUUUUAUUAAAUGCAGAAUGGGAAAUAGUUAAAAACUUCUGUUGACUUUUUUGAUGCCCAAUAAUUUGCAGAAUUCCUCUAGAAUUUUAAAUUUUAAUUUUGUUCUGUUUAUAUAAAUUCAACCUUACAUUUUUAGUAGAACAAGUACUAUUAAUGACCACUGUACAACUUUUAAAAUAAUGUAUAUGCAUAAGACCCACUGUAAGAUAAAAAAGGAAACAACAUAGCUGUAAAUAUCAUACUGUUAUACUGUUAUCUCUUUCUAUCAUGUAAGUUAACUUGAAGAGAUCGUUUUGAAUGUACAUUCGUCUCGCUCACGAGCAAGCGAGCAGAGGGAUAAAAAAGAAUUGUAAAGGAACUUAUUUUUUGACUUUCGAGAAAAGCAGUUGUGAGAAUACAGUGAAAAUAUGUACAUAAAAGCCAAAAGCUAGAAGUGUGUUUUCACGUUAUCACAAAUAGCCUUUAAAAUAAUCUUGAUAAAUAUCUUCAUACCGACUCUCUUCUUGACAAAAUUGUUUUGGCUUAAACCAAAUAAAUAACCCACUUUAAGCCUUAACGACUGUCUAUCCAUUAAGUGACUUUGCUGACCAAGGCAAACAAAUAUUGGCCAAAAGAGGACAAUUUAAGUUUCUAAACUUGAGGUUGAUGAUGAUGUCCCUUAGUUGGCGGUCACAUCUGUUGGUUUUAGCCUAAAUGCAUUAAAUAUUAAUGAGUUUAAGAGCGGCAAGUAAUUUGUUGUCCCCCCCGAAUAAGGGAUAAGCCAUGCUCAACUGAUAAAUCGUCUGGUUAUUGAUUUAGGAUCCACGAUUACACUUUCCAACUCUAGAACUUGUCUGCUAAUCCAACAGAUGCAAUGUGCUCGAAGGACUAUUUGAUUUUUCAUUUGUGCAUUUGUCAAGUGGCGAGAACAAGAAAUUGCGAGUGGCAACCGACAGGCAGCGGAUGGCCAAACAAACAACGAACUGGGGUUGGGAAAACUGAGUGGGGAAUAGGGAAAAAGCCAACAGAAGUUUCAUCAAUUUUACACAAUCCACUUAACUUGAAAAGCCAGAGGGCAGUCACUCACAGAAACACCGAGAAAGAUAGAACUUCAUGGUGGAGCAUUCUCUAUAUUUUCCAAUUCAUUUGAAUUUAUGUUGAAGGAAAAAGUCUUGCAACACUGGAAACUAAUUACAGGUGGAUAGAAGUCAAGGAAAUUUUAUAUUUGUGGGACUAAAAAGGUUUAUCUUUUAAUUGUUACAUAUUUUUAAAGGUUUUUUUAAGGCUUUAUUUUGUAAAAGUUAUCAUAUCUGAAAGUGAAACCAUUUAAGACUCUUAACAUAAAUGGGAAAGCUUUUCACUUCUAUUUUCUUUAUAUCUAGUAUCCUUUGAAAUCUAAGUCAACACGGCUGUAGCAAAAAUUCUCAAAAACAAAAUCAAAUCCUUUCGAUUUAUUUGGGAAAAUUCGACUUGGCUUAGUUAUUUAUUUUACUAAAUUUAAAUUAACUUCAAAAUGUCUUCUUCCGAAGCAGAAUCAUUUGUUGAGGAGCCGACACCAAGUUCCGCAGUCGUACCAUUGAGUCCCAAUCAAAAUCUUCCAACCGGUUCAUCAAAUCCCGUCUCACCAUCGGUCUCGAUUACCACUGUAAAUGGCAGCCUAGCAUCAGAAUCUGGAGAUUCUGGUGCUGAAUGGCUAGAGUCUUCUGGAGAUGUUACAUUUCCACCGGAAAAUUCAUUUUAUGGCCUACGACCGGUGCGAGCUUCAACCGAUUUGAGAUCACCAGUUUCGCAUACAUCAACAUCAUCAUCAUCCACAACGCAAAUAACCGAAACUUCUUCGAAUGCCAAUCAACCUUGUGAGGAUGUUGGUGACCAAGUUACUGACCCCUUAGCAUCCGUCGAAAGCAUGGAUAUUGGGGACGCUUUGGCCAAUAGCGAUUCCAUAGAAAUGACUCUUCGGUUCUCUGAACUUAUAUUUGAUAUUGAUACACCCAAUGUGGCAACUAGAAGACGUCAUCGACGCCUUCACGCUCAAGCCUUGGAUCGGGCUCAAAGGAUGCAAGACGGAUCCUUAAGCGACUCUGAGACUAGAUCUAGAUGGCGAGUGCCAUCCAGAGGUUUUGCCCAAGUACUGCGGCAUGGGAACAGUGUUAGCGAUUGCAGCCAGUGCAGCAGUGAUGAGGAUGAGGAGAAGAAUCCAAAAGUUCCAGAUUAUCUGGCCGAAUGGCUGUAUCCGAUAUAGUUUUAUUUAAAAGUUUUUAAAAGUUUGAUUAAAAAAAUGUUGUUUUUAGAUUUCAAAACAGUUUGUUUUUUGUAACUGAAUUGGAAAGUCCUUUUGAAGGAAUGUUUUUAAGAAUAAAAAUCCUAAUAAAAACCCCA